AUGGCAAACCUUGGAACCACACAAAGAAUACCGACACCCUCAAAACCUUCAUCUCCAACAACUAACGUGUCUGAACCAAAAGGACCACAUGAAAAACCAUUUGCUGAUUUCAAAUUCUACUGUCCAAUUAACAUUCCCUUAACAGCAGAAGCUGCGGCGUCUCGUAUCAUAAGAAACUUAGGGAAUUUGGGGUUAUACUACACCCUCUUUAUUUGGAUCAUACUCUUCAUAACUCUCAUACCUCAACGAAAAGUGUCCUUGAUUCUGUUGGUUAUCAUGACUUAUGUGACAACCCUUUAUGGUUUACUGUUAAGAGCGUUUCCUAAUUCAGUUUUGCUGCAUAGAAUCAUAGAUAAAAGGAUUAUAUCGAGUUUGCUAUUUAUUGCAACUGCUAUUCAGCUGAUUGUGACAAAAGCAGGUAUUCAUUUUGCAGUUACUAUGACUUGUAGUGUGCCUGUAGUUUUGCUUCAUGCAGUUUUAUGGGCUAGUAGUUGUGAAUUUGCCUAUGAAACUGAGGAAGGUUCUGGUAAAGAAGAAUUGGCUCCUCUUACGAGCGGCCAUAAUGAUAGUGAAGCUCAGAACUCGGACGCAGUUUGA